GAGUUGUGACAGAACCCACCAACUUUCCCAGGGUAGGGAAAAAACCACAAGGGUCUCAUCCAAAGCCACCCAUAAGGCGGAUCAAGCAAGAAGUGGACAAAAUUGCCAUUCCAUUAGGGAACGAACCACAGCUGGCCACUGGAUGUAGCCCACCUUCUGCACAGCUGGAUCAGGUGAUGCUUGAGGAAGUCUCUGUGACUUUUAGCGAGGAAGAGUGGGCGCUGCUGGAUCCCGACCAAAGAGCACUCCACAGGGAUGUGAUGGCAGAGAACAGUGGCAUCACCUCCUCUUUGGGAUGUGACUGGCCAGAGAGUGAAAACGGAGAAAUCCAUGAGAUAUUGUUUGGGAAAAUUGGAAGCGAAGAGGAGGACAAGCAGAGACCAGACACCGAAGCCGGCAGAGUGAAGGAUGAAUCUCCGUGUUCUUACAACACCGAAUUCUACGAGCUUCCGGUCCGCGAAAAAAUAGAAGACGGGAUCGAAUGGAGCCAAUGCCUUCUGUGCGGCAAAGCCUUCGACUGCCAGUCGAGCCUGAUUGCUCACUGGGAGAGCCACACCACCAAGAAGCCCUACAAAUGCUUGGAAUGUGGGAAGAGCUUCAGCACCAGGCAGUACUUGGGCUGCCACCGGCGGGUCCAUACCGGGGAGAAGCCCUUCAAGUGCGCCAAGUGCGGGAAGAGCUUCAGCACCAGGCAGUACUUGGGCUGCCACCGGCGGGUCCAUACCGGGGAGAAGCCCUUCAAGUGCGCCAAGUGCGGGAAGAGCUUCAGCACCAGGCAAUACCUCUCCUGCCACCAGAGAAUCCACACCGGGGAGAAGCCCUUUAAGUGUUUGGAGUGCGGGGAGACCUUCUGCUGGGCCAAUUCCCUGACCUUGCACCAGAUCGUACACACGGGAGAGAAGCCAUUCAAGUGCCUGGUGUGCGGGAAAAGUUUCAGCCGGAGCACCAGCCUUUCUUCCCACCAGAGGAUCCACACUGGGGAGAAGCCAUACAAAUGUUUGGAGUGUGGCAAGAGGUUUAUCCACAACACCAGCCUCACUUACCACCGGCAGCACCACACCGGCGUGAAGCCCUACAAGUGUCCCGAGUGCGGCAAGAGGUUCAGCCACAGGACAAGCCUGACCUACCACCAGCGCAGUCACACCGGCGUGAAGCCGCACGGCUGCUUGGAGUGCGGGAAGAACUUCAGUACCCGCCAGUACCUCAUCUCCCACCAGAGGAUCCACACAGGAGAGAAACCGUAUAAGUGUGCCGAGUGUGGCAAGCGCUUCGUCCACAGCACCAGCCUCAGUUACCACCAGCGCCUUCACCGCGGGGAGGAGCCCUUCCAGUGUUCGGACUGUGGGAAAGGUUUCAUUACGCGCCAGUGCCUGACUUCGCAUCGCCGGAUCCACACGGGGGAAGAACCCUUCAAAUGCCUGGAGUGUGGGAAGACCUUCCGGAGACGCACGAGCCUUAUUUCCCACCAGACCAUCCACAUGGGAGAGAAGCCGUACAAAUGCCUGGAGUGCGGAAAGAGCUUCACAACAAGUAAAUACAUCCUGUCCCAUCAGAGGAUCCACACCGGAGAGAAGCCUUACAAAUGUCUGGAGUGCGGACAGACCUUCUGCUGGGCUAACUCCCUCACCUUGCACCAGAUCACACACACGGGGGAGAAGCCCUUCAAAUGCAUGGAGUGCGGGAAGAGUUUCAGCCGAGGCACAAGCCUUACCUCGCACCAGCGGAUCCAUACCGGCGAGAAGCCGUACAAAUGUUUGGUGUGUGGGAAGAACUUUAGCACCAACAGGUACCUGACUUGCCACCAGCGGAUCCAUAUUGUGGAUAAAGCUUAUAAAUGCCUGGUGUGCGGGAAGAGCUUUAGCACCAGCAAAUACCUCAGCUGCCAUCAAAGAAUUCACACCGGGGAGAAGCCAUUUAAAUGCUUGGAAUGUGGAAAGAGCUUCUGUUGGGCAUAUUCCCUUACUUUACAUCAAAGAAUCCAUGCAGGUGAAGAUGGAUUUAAAUGCUAGGAGUAUGAAAAUUACUCUGGUUUUGGAAUUUUUUUUGGAGGGGACGGAAGGAUGAAGGAGCCCUUAUUGUGGAAGGAUUUUGGGGAGGAAAAACUAUAGAAAUCAUUGUGGAAAGAGGUUUGUGUACAACACGGACUCCAUUUCUUUGCAUUAGAUAUGAAUUUAUUUAUAUAUACAUAUAUGUGAUUGAUUUUUUUUUGGGGUGUGUUGGCCCAUUGUGGUUGUCCAGUGUUUCCGAUGGCAUCUUUUGCCAGCCUCGCUUCUCAGAACUGGGAACUGGAUUUGAAUUCUCAGCUUGCCCUACAUCUAAGCGAUCGUCGGACCCUAAUUUGAAUUCUUGGAGCGAGAAAGAAAGCGUGUUAUUCUGUGCAGUGAUCUCGCUUCUCGAUGAGGACCAGAGACGCAAGAGGUUCUGUAGAAAUGCCUGGAGUUUUGCAGAAGUCUUUCAGUUGGAGAUGACGAUUCAAGGAUCCCCUCUAGGAAUAUGCUAGAAUUUAGGAGGAGUGGUGCAGUGGCCUAAAGGUGGAGCUCUCACCUCUCAAUCGGGAGACUGUGAGUUCGAUCCUAGAUAGAGGCAGAUAUUUCUCUCUCUGCUGAACAAAACUCCGCAAUGGCAACAGGAAGUGCAUCAGGCCAUUAAACCCUGCUAGUGCCAUUCACUUGCCCAGACACCACCUUUGCAAGGGAUUAUGGGGUUAAAAGAGGAUGUUGCUAGGAAUUUAAGAUUGCUCAUCCAUAUCAUAUCAAGAUCCCUUGUGGGUUCGUAUCAAAUUGAACUUUUAAAGCUCUAUGAUUUUAAGAAUAGCUCAUCAUCAUCAACGUUGUCUGACCUAUUUCUAUAAAUAUCUUCUGAUCCUUGGCCACCAAGUCUCCCUCAGCUUACUAACCGAAAUGCUUGACUCUCCAGUUUUGAGAGUCCUUAAGUAAUGUGCCGCUUCUCAGUGCUUUACAGCCCUCUCUAAGCAGUUUAUAGACUCGGCCUAUUGCCCCCAAUAAUCCAGAUCCUCAUUUUACCGACCUCGGAAGGAUGGGAGGCUGGUGAGCUGAUGAGAAUCGAACUGUUGUCAGCUGGCAAUUAGCAGACGUAGCCGGCAGUACUGCAUUCUAAUCACUGCGCCACCACGGCUCAGUACCACCAAGUCUUCCAGGCACGGAAUUUCAAGAAGACGACACGGAUUCCAGCAAGCAGAAUCUGUUUGCCAAGUCACAUUUACUCUCUCUCCUGCAGCAAAUGCAACAACAGUCAAGAUUGCCGGAGUGGAGGGGGAUAAUUUUGUGGGUGUUCCCAAUUCGUUUUUACUGUUUGUUUUUUUUAAUUAAGAGUUAUAUCCUGCCUUUCAUCCUGGAGCCUCCCUGACGGGGAGCUUAUCUCCCCAGCAAAAUUUUGCAAGCUAAACAGCUCAAAAUCAACCAUAAGAUUUCCACAACGGAAGGUGGAUUUGAACUCGAAUCUUUCCCUUCUGGUCUAAUCCCAAACAUUGCUCUAUUGUCAUAAGAAUCCACAGAGGGGAGGAGGACGUGGGGGAGAGGGAGACACCUGUAGCUGUGUCCUAGUGUAGUAAAUCUCAGCCCUGGCUUAAUUGUAUGUGGCAUCAACAUGCAGGUACCCAAGAAACUGGUGUGAUGAAAAUCAGCUGGAGGGUUUUGUGCUGGAGGGUAGAUUUGAACUCUAGUCUCUCCUAAAUAAUCUAAAUGCAGAAUUGCCAGUAAGGCCUUCUUUGGAAGGGAUGGCGCAUCCUCGGACUGAUGUUUUGCAAUAGGGGCCCACAAUGCAUUGCAACCAUUCCAAAAUGUGACUGCUGGACCCCGAAAGAUUGGCCGUCCCUGCUUUAGCCUCCCUGGAUCUAGUUCUCCUCGUUCGUUUCCUCUUCCUCCAGGCUGACUUUGAAAACAUUUUGGGACUACUGUUGCCAAACCAAUGACUCGGAACAGGCCAAAUGGACCAUUCCUUUCUGGGGUUUCUCCUGGCUGUGUUUCCCACCCAUUGUUCUGACCAAGGCUUCCCAAGAGCAUGAAGCAAACUCCCUGUCCGGACAAAAACCCCUUUUAUUAAUUUAC